ACGGCUUCCCCGCCCCCUCCCCUCUUUCCUCUGCCCCCUCCCCUCUCCUCCUUCUCGUCCUCCUCCUUCUCCUCCUCCUCCUCCUCUCAGGCUGUGGUUUUUCUGUGUAUGUUUCUGGAGUCCUGAGCCUGAGCUAAACAAAAGCAGGAGGCUGACGGGGCUGCUGGAGUUUGCAGAGACACGGAGGAGGAGAGAGCCUGUGCUCUGCCUGCCGCCGCGGCUGGGGGAGAUCUGGCUUUUGCAACAGCCCACCCCCUUUGAGAUCACUCUGGCCCGGAGUGGGGGUGGGGGGCAGCGGGGGGUGGGGGGGAAAGUUUGCAUUGCAAUCCCCCUGCCUUCCUCUCCUUUCUCCCGAUCAAUGCAUAUUUGCAAAAGGAUUAAGCCACAGAUUUAAGCGCCUGGAGCCCAUUUCUGCCUUGCAAAGGAGACCGGACUGAAAAACCAAAAGCCAGCUCUGAUUUCUUUUCGUCAAGUGGGAAGGUGGUUUAUUUUUCUUGCUUUUUGGAGUCAACACCCUUCCCCACCAGCCCUUAUCCCCACCCUCACCCCGCAACCCCUUCACGCCCCCCUCCCCCUCCCCACUCCCCAUCCUCCCACCAUCCUCUAAAGAGGCAAAGGGAUUUUUUUUUCUUUUGGUCUUCUUUUUUCCCGUUCCCUGUUUAUCCUGAAAAGGAUCUGAAGACAGCUUGAAGGAUAAAAAGCCUUGGUGCUUCCCAGGAGCCGAGCCGAGGAGCAGAAGAGGAAGAGCCGGGGGCUGCCGUUGCCUUUGGAGAUGGACGAGCAGCCCAGGCUGAUGCAUUCCCAUGCUGGGGUCGGGAUGGCCGGACACCCCGGCCUGUCCCAGCACUUGCAGGAUGGGGCCGGAGGGACCGAGGGGGAGGGCGGGAGGAAGCAGGACAUUGGAGACAUUUUACAGCAAAUUAUGACCAUCACAGACCAGAGUUUGGAUGAGGCGCAGGCCAGAAAACAUGCUUUAAACUGCCACAGAAUGAAGCCUGCCUUGUUUAAUGUCUUGUGUGAAAUCAAAGAAAAAACAGUUUUGAGUAUCCGGGGAGCCCAGGAAGAGGAGCCAACAGACCCCCAGCUGAUGCGACUGGACAACAUGCUGUUAGCAGAGGGGGUGGCAGGGCCAGAGAAGGGUGGUGGCUCGGCUGCGGCAGCUGCAGCGGCAGCGGCUUCCGGAGGUGCAGGUUCAGACAACUCAGUGGAGCAUUCCGAUUACAGAGCCAAACUCUCACAGAUCAGACAAAUCUACCACACGGAGCUGGAGAAAUACGAGCAGGCGUGUAACGAGUUCACCACCCACGUGAUGAAUCUCCUGCGAGAGCAAAGCCGGACCAGGCCCAUCUCCCCGAAGGAGAUCGAGCGGAUGGUCAGUAUCAUCCACCGCAAGUUCAGCUCCAUCCAGAUGCAGCUCAAGCAGAGCACGUGCGAGGCCGUCAUGAUCCUGCGUUCCCGGUUUCUGGAUGCAAGGCGAAAGAGACGGAAUUUCAACAAGCAAGCGACAGAAAUCCUGAACGAAUAUUUCUAUUCCCAUCUCAGCAACCCUUACCCCAGUGAGGAAGCCAAAGAGGAGUUAGCCAAGAAGUGUGGCAUCACAGUGUCCCAGGUAUCAAACUGGUUUGGAAAUAAGCGAAUCCGGUACAAGAAGAACAUAGGUAAAUUUCAAGAGGAAGCCAAUAUUUAUGCUGCCAAAACAGCUGUCACUGCUACCAAUGUGUCAGCCCAUGGAAGCCAAGCUAACUCACCCUCAACUCCCAACUCAGCUGGUUCUUCCAGUUCUUUUAACAUGUCAAACUCUGGAGAUUUGUUCAUGAGCGUGCAGUCACUCAAUGGGGAUUCUUACCAAGGGGCCCAGGUUGGAGCCAACGUGCAAUCACAGGUGGAUACCCUUCGCCAUGUUAUCAGCCAGACAGGAGGAUACAGUGACGGACUCGCAGCCAGUCAGAUGUACAGUCCGCAGGGCAUCAGUGCUAAUGGAGGUUGGCAGGAUGCUACUACCCCUUCAUCAGUGACCUCCCCUACAGAAGGCCCUGGCAGUGUUCACUCUGAUACCUCCAACUGAUCUCCCAGCAGUCGCAUCCCGGCUGACCCUGUGCCCCCGUAGGGGCAGGGCCAGGAGGGAGGGUUUCUCAACGCUGAAGCGGUCAGACUGGAGGUCGAAGCAAUCAGCAAACACAAUAAGAGUCUCCUUCUCUUCUCUUCUUUGGGAUGCUAUUUCAGCCAAUCUGGACACUUCUUUAUACUCUCUUCCCUUUUUAUUUUUCUGGGUAGAAGCCACCCUUCCCUGCCUCCAGCUGUCAGCCUGGUGUCCGUCAUCCUCUCUCCCCUGUCCCUCUGUCCUAGAAGCCCUGGGUCCCUGCCCUCUAUUUCAUCCCUGAAGGAUAUUUUCAACCAUUAGAGGAACUUAAAGAGGAAAAAAAUACAAAGAAAAUAAUAAAAGUGUUUGUACGUUUUCAUGCUGGUGGUUUGAGGAGCCAAAUGUACCUUCCUCGGAUCCCUUGCUCCCUAUGUUAACAGGCAAUCCUUCUCUGUUUCUCUCGUUAUUCUCACUACCUCUUAGCAGGAAUACGCCACAUUGCCCUACUCAUUCCAGGCUGCCCUGCCUCCUCUUGCUCUUCCUUCCCUGGGGACGGUUCUGAUUAGAACACCGUCCUCCCCUUCCUUCUCAGCCCCAGGUGUGCACCCGGACUGCCACUGCUGGGCUUCUCUGAGGUGCCGCAUUUUCUGGUUUCAGCUCCGCGAGAUUAAUUCCCAGGCAGGAAGUCAGGCAGCAAGAGAGGGCUCGAGGAACAAGAAAGGCAGAGUUCUUGGAGGCUUUUUCAUCUUCCUAAUAAUGACUCUUGGUUUCAGAGGCACAGUCUUUGGAGACCAUGCAAAACACUUAGUAAACAUUGCUCAGAACCUACUGCAAAACCGGAUCUGAGUUAGGCAUGGUGGUAAAUGCAUCACCGAGGAGUAGAAGGUUCUCACCUUGCAACCCUUCAACUUCCCCCCCAUCACACAUAUACACACACAUGCACGCACGCACACACGUGCACUCUCACACAUCAUUGCUUCAAAUCAGUCACAUGCCGCACAGGAAUUACCUACAUUAGUAACCAUAGCACUAUGCCUUGUGAGCCCAACAGAGGGAAUUAAUAACUCCGAAUGAAGAUCAUGGACACAGAGAAGCAACAGGUGCCAGGGCUCCCAGGCCCCGCUGGCCCGCAGCAUACACACACCAGAACGACAUACACAGGCCUUGAUCAUGAUGCAGGCCAGGCUUCCAGUGUAAACUCUUCUGUUCCUACCACCUCUAGAGCUCUCAGGGAGCCACACGCAGUACUUACAAUGUCUGUAAUGGAUUUGGUUCUCUUUUGUUUUUGUGUUUAUGUUAGGGACAUUGCAUUAAUUACCUAAAGUGUUGUUAUGGCACCACAUUCUUGUCCUGGAGCAGAAAGUUGUAUAAGAACGUGGCUCAGGCAAACUUUUUGCUUACUUACUUUGUAGACCUAAGAGUGAUGGGGAAAAGGGAGGUAAUGUUCUCAGUGAAAUCAGCAGUGAUUUUUAUUCCCUGGGAAUAUUCAAGAGAGAAGAGUAUAUACUAGCAAGCUAUUAUCUAAUGUUACCUGAGCUUACAUUCUUCCUAGCCAAGUACACCAGCAGUAAAGAUGGCAGCUCUGUCCUUGACUAAGUAGGGGGUGGACAAAUCUCUAGGUGCCUGAUUUUCUUCAUCUGUAAAAUGGGGCUCGUUAUGCCCGGCUUACCAAGAAAUUGAUUUCAUUCAUAUCCAAUCUGUAAUUGUAAAGUCAGGGGACGUAGCAUCCCUGAGAUCAAACUGGUUCAUGCCAUGUAGGGACAAUAAAUGGUUUUUCUGUUCUAACUUCCCGUUAAUGUGAGUACCCAGAGGUCAUCACCAUGGUGACCAAACAAAAGGUAAUUGUUGUUGGUUUUGUUUGUUUGUUUUGGUCUAUUUGGUUUCUUAGAGUAGAAAUGAAGUUUCUAAAUUGGAAAAAGUGGGACCUGGUUCUCUUAGCUUGUACUUGAAUCCACUAUGUGGCCUUGUAAGUACUUAGUCCCCUGUCACAUCUACUCUGUUUGAAAGACCUCUGGGAGAGGUGUGAGACUCUGAGGGGUGAGGCCUGGCCAGCUAACAAGGGUGUGGAAAUUCUGCAUGGCACUGCAGUAAUGAUUAGAAAACCUUUGUGGGGUGUUGGGAGGUGGUGUUAACUUAAGGAACUGGAAGGUACGUGUAUCUGAAAGAAAUGCAGAGAGUAAAUAUUUGGUAUUUGGGAGUAUGCCUUGAUGACGAAGAGCAGUAGAAAGACCAUGUCUGCUAACCUGUGCCAUAUCCGAACAGGGCUUGAUAAAGAGGCUUCUGAAGGGAGCCCUCUUGUGACUGUUCCAGUGUCUAAAACCAGUGGAGAACUUGGCGUUAGUGGCAGGAAUCUAGUGAAACAACCCACACAGGAAUCUGUGGGACGGCAUCCCCCUGAUGCGGGGCAAAGUACAAAAGAGACACAAAAAGAUUCUCUUGAAAAUAGGAAGAAUGAUUCCAGAUUUGGGUUGGAUGAUGGCCAUUUUAAGUUAAUGAAAGAGAUCAGAGCAGUGUUACCUCUGCAAGGCAGUUUUCCUCCCUGCAGUAGUUUGCACGGCUUAUCACUUCGCAGGGCAUCUUGCCCACCCAGCCCUACCGAAGGUGCUCUUUCCCACGACCCCUCCCCCGCCUCGCCCAGGCCCCGCCCAACACAGCGGCCUCCAGGUCUCUCCUCCGCCUUAAGCGAAGCCUGAGAACACUGGCAAGCGAGGGAUGUGGCUGGAAAGAGCGAGCCUCUGGAAAUACAGCUCCCUGGGAAUUUCUACUAGGUCAGUCCUACAGAUACCAAAAUGUGCCCCAAGACUGCUUCAUUUUGUGAUGGAAGUGGGAGCGCUCCUUUUCCCCUGAGAAAUGAUAACUAGCCCUGGGGUCUGCCCACCUCGCAACUCUUCAUCGCAUCCUCCUUUUCAUCCCUAACUCCUCCCCUGGCGUGGAACUGACUCCCGUGCAGUGCAGUACUUUUGCCAAGUGGCACCUUAUUUCGUUUGUUUUUAUUUUGCUAUGGUGGUGGUUCUUUAUUUGCUGGUUGCCUUUUCUCAUAUCUUUCCCCGCCCCCCCUUUCCUUCUGAGUUUUAUUUUUCUGCCCAGAAAAACCUGACUUCGAUACCAAAAAAGAUGAAAAUACAGAAACUCAAAUUUAAAAAAAACUUUAAAAAAAAACAAAAAAAAUACUCAACAAUUCUUUCAGCUUUAUUAACAUUUUCCAUUGUUUCUUGCGACUUGUGUCUCGUUCUUUGUAGUAUUGAUGAUGAACAUUUGAUAAUGAAUGUUCUUGUAUAUUCAGAUAAAGAAAAAAAAAACCAAAAAAGCGGUCUGAAUUUAAUAGUGUUUAUAAUAAAAAAAUUUUAAAAAUGACCCUCAUAGCACGCAAAACAGGAUGGGGAAUUUCCCCUCUUCUUUCUGUGACAAUGCACAUCAUUCCUGCAUUAGUUUUUAACACCGAACUACCUACAUUCACCAUUUCCCCCAUUUUUCUUUUAUUUUCUUGCAUUUGUGAAUUAGUUCAAGAAUGCUAGAAAAGUGUCGAGUUGUGCACAUCCAUUUCCUGUUUCACAAUGUUUAAAAGUGACAGUAAUUCAUUUUGUAAACUAAAAAAAAAAAAGGUUGGAAUAGUGAGCAUAAUAGGUACAACCUAACACGUUAUGUUUAUUAACUUUGAGACCCAGAAAUAAAUUCUUUUCUUUUCUUUAUCCUGCUCUUUAAAAUAUGAAAAAAACAUUUUGUUUUGUGUUAUUUUUGGUUUGUUUAUUGGGGGGGGGGCUUUUUUUAAUUGUCAGGAUUAUGAUCUUGCUGUUUUUAUUCCUUAAAUAUGUAACUGAGGUGAUGUGAAAAGAUGACAUUUGCAGAGUAGGCUGUUUCCUCGUACUUCUGUUCGCUUCGGAAUUCGGUUGACUUCAAAAGCAAAGAUCGAGCCCCCACUGACGUCACAUUGCUCACCUGCAUUUCUGGAGUGUGUGACAAUACUGCAGUCCCUGCGGAAAAACAAAGACAGGGACUUGAGUUUUCCUUUUGGCCCUUUAACGAUGCAAGCAAGGAGUUGGUCCAGGGGAAGGUUUAAUACUGUAAGGAAAGGUUUCUGCCUUGGUUGUUUGGGAAUGUCACAACAAAAUGCUUUCUUUUCUUUCUUACUGAUUAAUAACAACAUUCCAUGAGGCCUUUCCAUCUAGAGAGGGCUUGUUUUUUUUUUUUUUUUUCUUCCAGAAGUAUCCCACAGGAGAUCCUGGUAUGAUGGGCACCCUUGGCUAAGGAGACUAGUUCCAGGAAUCUGUCAUUCGACCUGCCAAUCUCUUGAGCCAGACUCAGUGCUGUCAUUCCAGUACUGAACGGUUACAUUUGAUUCAUUGGCAGUGUGCCUCUUAUUAACCUCUGAUUUAGGCAGCUGCUUAAAGCAAAUUGUCAAACUGGCUUGGUCCGGAAUGUUUUUGUUAGUUAUAGGAGAAAAGAAAGCAAUAUUAUUUGGAGGAAACUUAAUUUAAAUGUUGUUUCAUUAACAAAUGAUUAAACAUUCAGAAAGCAGCCAGAACCUAAGCAAGAAAAGUUGAGGAAAGAAUGCAGAAUUGUGGAGCAACACUUUAGAAAGUGUUUCUACCCAGGCACUUGCACUCUGGUGUUUUAAGUCAUAACAAAAUAACGAUGAGCUUUUCACAUCACCUUUAUGACUUCAAUUCUUAGCUCAAAGCUUUCUGGAAUCUUUUGUUUUUUUGUAAACUUUUUUUCCUUUUGUUAAAAUUAAUAAAACAUUCAAUGUUUUCCCCCUUUCCUCUCAUUACUUCUUUUCUUUCUUUUGGCGUUUUCAGUUAUUUUGAAGUGCUUUCCUUUGGUUGUUGGUUUUAUUCUCCUGCUCCCCCUCCCCCCUGUUAUUAUUCAGAGUAUAAACCUGCAAAGCUCUGCUCUGUUUUGGUUUUGAAAGUUUAAGCUUUUCUGCUUCUGUGAGAGCACAGGCUUCUGUCCCUUUUGAUUCCAACUGAAAUUUUGUGUUCUCUAAUGAUACUAACACGGUGUAGGUUUUACAGUCUCCUAAUUUGUACUGGUAAUGCAUAUUCCAAAUAAAUAGUUUCUUUUGUUGCAAAAAAAAAAAA